AUGAAUGAUAGUCCUAUUCAAGAUAACAGACAAAUGGAUACGGACAGAGAAGGAUUCAAUAUAUAUGGAACUAUAGUUUUCGAUAUUUUAAUAUAA